AAUGUGCAACACAGUAAUCGCUCCGGUUAGGGUACUCUUUCACUCAGCCCUUGGUCGCGACACUCUUCCUUCAUUCGUCUGUCAAAUAAUUACUUUCAUCGUUUGUGUUUGUUUGUUAGUCAAUCUGCUAUCAAAAUGCCUUUAAAGUUUGAGCUGUGUCCCGGUCGCAUGAUCGGAGGGAACCAUCCGUGCUUCAUUAUUGCUGAGAUUGGACAAAACCACCAGGGAGACAUUGACAUUGCGAAGAAAAUGAUCAAAAUGGCAAAGGACUGCGGUGCAGACUGUGCCAAAUUCCAGAAGAGUGAAUUAGAGUACAAAUUCAACAAGCGAGCCUUGGAGCGUCCAUAUACCUCCAAAAACUCUUGGGGAAAAACAUAUGGUGAACACAAACGCCAUCUGGAGUUUAGCCAUGAGCAGUACAAGGAGCUGCAGAAAUAUGCAGCAGAGGUGGGAAUCUUCUUCACAGCCUCAGGGAUGGACGAGAAGGCAGUGGAGUUUCUCCAUGAACUCAAUGUGCCUUUCUUCAAAGUGGGUUCUGGAGACACCAACAACUUUCCCUAUUUGGAGAAAACUGCUAAGAAAGGUCGUCCCAUGGUGGUAUCCAGUGGGAUGCAGUCGAUGGAGACAAUGCGUCAGGUGUACAAGACCGUGAAGGAGCACAAUGAAAACUUUACCAUCCUUCAGUGUACCAGUGCCUACCCUCUGGAACCUGAAGAUGUAAACCUCAGAGUGAUCACGGAGUACCAGAAGGAAUUUCCUGAUAUUCCUAUUGGGUAUUCUGGCCACGAGUCAGGAAUCAGUAUUUCGGUGGCAGCUGUAGCUCUGGGAGCCAAAGUCAUUGAGCGUCACAUAACCUUGGACAAAACGUGGAAAGGGAGUGACCACGCAGCCUCACUGGAGCCAGCUGAACUGGCCGAACUGGUUCGCUCCAUUCGGCUGGUGGAGAGGGCAAUGGGAACGGGCCUCAAACAGAUGCUGCCCUGCGAGAAGCCAUGUCACGAUAAGUUGGGGAAAUCUGUGGUGGCCAAGGUGAAAAUCCCCAAAGGAACCGCUCUGACUCUAGACAUGUUGGCAGUGAAGGUGGCUGAGCCCAUGGGUGUAACAGCUGAGGACAUUUUCCAGCUCGUGGGUAAAACUGUGAUGGAGGACGUGGAGGAGGAUGAGAGUGUCACACCAGAGGUGGUUGAAAGCUAUGGCAAGAAAGCUAAAUGCUAGAAUCAAAAUUAGUUUGGAAGUUCGUUAAAAAGGAAAGAAAAAAAUGGGAGGAAAUUUUGUUGAUUCUUGGGUAGAUGAUUUGGAAAAAAUAUGAGAUGACACUUGGAAGAGUUUUGAGGGUAAUUUCACUGACUGUGGGUGAAAUGUCUGACAUCUAAGUAAUGGACCAUAUGUAAUUUGAUAUGAUUGGAAAGUUGGGUGAGGUGGCAAUAUGUCAUAGCAGCCCUUGUAAAUCAUUCUCCCCUUUAAUUAAUCUCAGCCAAAGCAUUAUCACAUUUCAGAAAGUGGCCUUAACAUAGUAUUUUUUCUGGCAAACACACCGAUUUAUUGAGAGGCUUGAUGGUAUCUCAGACUCCAUACUGAUGCAGUGCCUCCAGAUGUUACACAACCACCAGAUGUAACUGUUCUUUAAACACUCUUUGCAUCAAACCUUUCAUCUGCACUGCAAAGAAUGAAUACAUGGAGGUGAAGCCAUCAUUGAUCUGCAGUUCAGAAUGUCACAACCUGCCUGUUAAAUUCAUCUACAAGAGCAAAUGUUUCUUUGCCAGAUUUAUAAAACUUACCACCUUGUAUCCAUGACAACUGAUCUUUUUUUGUUCAUUAACCAGCUCUUACUGCGUCAUUUCAGUCACUUCAUAAAAUGAUGAUCUUGGAUCUUAAUGCACAGAUAUAAAUAUUUACAUGCUUAUCAUUGGUCUGACAUGUUCUGUAAAAAUGAAACUUUCAAAUAAAAAUGUUGCCAAAUGCU